ACGGCCAACACACACAUACACUUGUCCUCUCAACUUGUCAGGCCUAUUUGUUUCCGUAAAUUUUCGCCUACAUACCCACCGUUUCCUUCACUCCAUCUCCAAUGUCUGCAGUUUCUUCUUCAUACAUCUCCAAUAUUGUAAGGAUCCGCCAAGAUACCCAUCAUGCAUUUCCGUUCCGAUUGCGUCUGCCGCCGAGUCUCGUCGGAGCCUCCGGCAUCAGAAGAAGAAGAAGAAGAGCAACUUCGGAGUCCCAAUCAAAAACCAGAUUAGGCGUUGGGGUUAGAGUUAGAGCAACGGGGAAGUUGGCUACUGGGACUUUAAACUGGGACUCUUGGAAACCUGAUCAGGGUUCGAAGGCUCCUUCACUUAGUGACAUCUUUUGGCCAUCUGCAGGUGCAUUUGCAGCCAUGGCUGUGUUGGGGAAGAUGGACCAGAUGCUGGCUAAAAAGGGAGUCGCAAUGACAAUAGCACCACUUGGAGCUGUUUGCGCUGUCCUUUUUGCCACUCCUUCAACCCCCGGUGCUCGGAAGUACAAUAUGUUUAUGGCUCAAAUGGGUUGUGCAGCAAUUGGUGUAUUAGCCUUCUCAUUUUUCGGACCCGGUUGGCUCGCUCGCAGCACUGCCCUUUCUGCAUCCCUAGCCUUCAUGAUAUAUACUCGUUCAGUUCAUCCACCUGCUGCGAGUUUGCCAUUGUUAUUUAUCGAUGGGCCAAAAUUUCAUCACUUGAAGUUUUGGUAUGCUUUGUUUCCUGGUGUAGCUGGAUGCCUUGUUCUCUGUUUGAUUCAAGAAGUGGUGUGUUACUUGAAAGACAAUGUUAAGUUCUAAGCAAAGUUAUGGGGCUUACAAUUUUGGGGAAAACUGGUUUCGUGUUGAAAAGAGGGAAAUACGAAGUCAAACAUGUGUUUGUGAUUUUUUUUUUUUCUCAAAUGAGAUGAAUGGUAAAUCAUUUUUAGGGGUGAUGGAUAUGGUGACUUGUAAAUCCUGUAAUCAAGUUUGUACAUCAUUAUAAAACGUGUCUAUAUUUGGUUC